CCCCAAUCCAAAAACAUGCUGAGGCUAAUUAGAAUGACCAAAUUGCCUGUGUGUGAGUGUGCCCUGCGAUGGGUUGGUGCCCCAUCCUGGGUUGUUCCCUGCCUUGCACCUAUAGACUCUGUACUCCCUGUUACCCGGGAUAAGGUUUCAGAAAAUGGAUGGAUGAUCUUGCAGCACCUGCUGUAGAUGUUCUGCUGAGAGGGCGGAGGUCAGACCUGCUACAGCACUCUGCCGCUUUGAUUACUCUUUGCAGUCUUGGAUGUCACUCCCUCACCUUAUUAAAGUAUACACCUGUGCAUGUAUGCGCAUGGACCAGGUAAGAUCUUAGCUACAUCAAAAAUGUUGUGGCAGUUUGCAAACCCUACUAUUUACAAGGUAAUAAAAACUACAUACAUGUAAAUGCGUGUGCAGACUCGUCUUAAAUUGAAAAUCUCACGCCAGCCAGUUGACCAAAGUCAAACCAAAAAAACAAUAGCAAUAAAUUAUAUCCUGCUUUGAUGUCCUGUACCUUAGCCACACACCAUUAUCCAUAUGAUCAUACUUUAACCAAGUAUAUAAAGUUGGUCAAGAAAUUGUGUUAGGCAAAAGCAUGCAGAAAAAGUAAAGUACCUAUAUUGUGUUGUAUUAUAUUGCUUUAACAUUUGCAUGCAAGUUAAAUAAUUUAUUUAUCCCAUAUAUUAAAGGCAGAGGGCGCUGUCGCGGCGUGGUGAGAAGUCGAUACGAAAAUUAACAGUAUUUUUACCGCCAGUUUUGCAUAUAUAAAUAAAUAUACAAGUAUUUAAUAAGAUAAAUUGCAUUAUCUAUUUAUUGUAUUAUUUUUGUUACAUUAACUUUUGUGUCACUUUACAUAAGCGCUCAUGAAACCGUUCAGAACGAUAGAUUAUGGUCACAAUGAGAAUUUAACAUUUUAAAGUAAGCUUUAGUCCAGAGAGCCUACACCGAGCUAUUUUAAAGGACAUUUCAGUCACGUAAGGGACAUUUCAGUAACAUAAGUUAGCCGGCUAUCAUCCGGACCACAGUGGCUGAAAUGAACCUUAAGUCAACCAUACUCCACACAGACAUACUGCUUAGCUUGUCACAUUAAACUAUGUUGACCCUGGUAUAGAAAGCACUGUCGGAAACAGCCAGCAUGGGGUUUUUUAUGGGUCACCGUUAGAGGAAUGAAAAUGUCCCUAACGGCGAUACUGGUGCGUCGAUCACUGUUCAGCAGCAGAUUUGGCGAUAAGAUAACAUUGCAUCCACAAACUCCUUUCUUUACUUGUAUCUGUGUAUUCCAGAUUGUAAUAUAUUGCACAAGAUCCUGGUGGUUUUGAUCUUCCUUCCUUUUACUGUCACUUUCUGUCACAGUACAACGUGCAUAACGGAGAAAACUAACACACAAUGCUUGAACAUUUAUGCUUGAUGUCAUUAAUCAUUGAACGGUCUUUCCCCCUUUUUUAGUUGGAAAAGCAGGAACUUACUUCGCUAAUGGGGAUUUUUGUUGGGGGGGGGGGGUGGUCACGCUUGCACCUAAUCAAACAACUUAUGGAGGACGAGGGCGGGCAGAUAUGCAGACUAACAAAUAUGUCAAUCAUCGGUGACACUUCGCUUUCUAACGAAUCGCCGGCACGAAGCAGCGAUGUUCUCCAAAUCGAAAAUGUAAAUGCAUAAGAGCAUAAAAUGGAAUGUCUGUUAACUAUAUACCAUCCCCAUAUUUCUAGUUAGCGACUGAAUUCUAUUCUAUUCCCCUUUCAAGGGGUGAACCCGAAAAGGGUUUAAACGUUUUGGAAAGUUUACGCGCAGUUACUUUCAUCGGUCACUUGUCAACAUCAUAGAAGCCCCUCGGUAACACGAAAUCCAGGCCGAGGUGGUGCAAAAAUGAACGUUUGAAGUGCGGUUCCUUUGCAGGACACACCUCUUACCGUCCUAACUUCGCCUCCUCUGCGGCCAGGAAAGCCAGGUGUUCAUUUAGAGCACUUCCCCUCCCUUUUCUGUCGCUUCUGAUGGACGUUUACGAAGAGGCGAUCGACUAUUUGCAGACGUACAAAGUUGCAGGAAUGGACAAAGUUGAGCCAGACCUGACAGAGGACGUAUUUGUAGUGGAAAAUGAAGAUGAGUUUAUGUCCAACCGUUUGCAAGCACUGAGCACGGUCCUCCCUGAAGAUGGGUUUAUCUCAAACACCCUUCCAGGAGACAGCAUCGACCUCCCGGAUACACCGACUGAUUGGGCCCCAGGCGUCCUCCUGGAGAAGAGGCUGGUGGUUCUUCGGAGUAUCCUGAAGAGUGAGCAGCAGUACCUCAAUGAACUGGAGACUCUGCUGACUCCCAUGAAGGCCCUGAAGGCAUCAGCGGGCACAUCGCAGCCGGUCCUGACCCCCCAGCAGGUGGAGACUGUGUUUUUCCAGGUUCCCGAGCUGCGGGAGAUGCACAGGAAUUUCUACGACGGACUGAGCGAGAGGCUGGAGCCGCUGCUGAGCACGGAGCCAGAGGAGGGGCAGCGGCAGUCCACCGUGCAGCCCCCCGUGGGGGACCUCUUCCUGAAGAUGGUCAGCCAGCUGUGUGUGUACCGGGGUUUCAUCGAUAACUAUGAGAGCGCGGUGGAGAUCGUGAGAACAUGCACCCAGGCCGACCAGCGCUUCCGGACACUGGCGGAGAGCAUGAUGUCCAACAAGGGGCCGGACAACUGCAGAACGAAAUACACCCUGGAAGCUCUGCUGUACAAGCCACUGGAUCGUGUCACCAAGACAACUCUGGUGCUGCAUGACCUGCUGAAGCACACCCCCGAGGACCAUCCAGACCACCCCCACCUGCAGGAGGCCCUCCGCAUCUCCAGCAGCUUCCUGGCUGGCGUCAACGAGGAAUCGCACUGCAAGAGAGCGGUCACGCUGACCAAAGGAAUAAGGCGGCAGCUGGUGCGCGAUGACUUCGUGGUGGACGCGAGCGAGGGCGAGCCCAGCCUGCGGCACCUCUUCCUGUACACCGACCUGCUGCUGUGCACCAAGCUGAAGAGCGGCACGCCUGGGAAGCAGACCCAGUACAGGUUCAGCUGGUACCUGCCCUUGGCUGGCCUGCGCAUGAACUUGGGCCCUGCGAGGGAGCAGCCUGCCGACCUGCAGCAUCGCAUUAGUGCCACCAGGGGCAAGAUGUUCCAGUUCAGAGAGGAGCUGAAGCAGGAGAAAGGAAGUAAAGGCCUGGGGGCUCGCACCCUGGACCGCAGUCGCAGGAAGCUGCAGCAGUGUGAGCUGUGGCUGUUGACUCACGCGCCCGUCCUCCCCCUGGAGCUGCACAGUCCCAGUGGCAAGAGUCACUCCAUCUUCCUGCCGUCGCUUUACGAGCUGGAUGAGUGGAGGGAAGCCAUCGAGAAACUUAAAGGAGAGAAUUUAGAGACGGUUCCCCCAGACCUGCUGGCCCUCACAAGCUCAUGUGUCAAGCUGAGAAUGACCCAGCAGCCUUCCCUCCAGAGCCUCCUCCCAGACUGUAAGAACAGACAUCUGUGUGGAACACUCGGCAUUGUUGUCCACUCUGCUUCAGGAAUUCAAGAGCCAGCCAGCUUGUACAUACGCCUUGAGGUAGAUGGGUACCAAUUCUUUGACAACACGGCCCAGACCCGUCCAUCUAUCAAUACUCUGACACCACAAUGGGACGAGGAGUUCUCCUUCCUGGUAGAUGGUGCACAUUGCCUUCGACUACUUUGUGUGAGACAACCAGACAAACGGGAGGGGAUCAAGGGUUACAGAGUCCUGGAGAAGACCACUCUAGAGCUGGACCUUCCGCUGAAACGCUGGAAGAGGGUCACCAUGAGAAUGGGCCGGGUGCAGGUGUCCCUUUCACUGAAGUACUGUGCGCACGCCUUGGAGCCCCCCAGGGCCACCCCUGUCCAGCAGCCUCCCAUCUUCGGUGUGCCCAUCGGCGAGCUGGCCCAACAUGAGAGGGUGCUGGUGCCACACAUCGUGCGCUCCUGCUCGGAGGAGGUGGAGCGCAGAGGCCUGGAUGAGGUGGGCAUCUACAGGAUCUCUGGAGCGACCAGCGACAUCCAGAUCAUGAAGAAGGCCUUUGACACCAAUGUGCGUGAUGCUGUGUCACGCCUCAGCACCGUGGAUGUGAACACGGUGUCUGGCACCUUGAAGCUGUAUUUCCGGGAGCUUCCGCACUCAGUCAUCCCUUCAGAGCUGUUCCAGAGUCUGGCUGAUGCGUUGGAAAUUUCCGACUUGAGGUCCAGACUGGACACCAUGGUGACCAUCCUACAGUCCUGUCCCGACGUGAAUCGCAACACAUUCCUCUUCCUCCUGCACCACCUCAAACGGGUGGCAGAGAGGCAGGAGAUCAACAAGAUGACCCUGAUGAACUUGGCUACAGUGUUUGGACCCAGCAUGGUUCGUCCUCCAGAAGUAAUUCUGGGACAGUGUGGCCCUCCAGUGGACAUUUCACAGGAAGUGGUCGUGCAGGUGCAGGUGCUUUACUUCUACCUUCAGUGCCAAAACCUCCCAACUCCUCAGACUUUAGCACCUCUGGACACAGAAGAAGAUACCGAGGUCACAUUAUAAAGAAAUAUUCCCUCACAACUGUCGCCACACACCAACAGAAAACGCUUAAGUCUUACGAGAUCGAGCCGUCCUCCUCUGGUGACUUGGGACACGGAGUGGCACUUCAAGAGGACAGCAGUCGUUCCUGGUGAACUGUAGAUAGACCUGUAAACGGCUUGACCUCAUGCCUUGCCCCCAGAACCAUUUCAAUGUGUUGUAUAAAAUGAUGUAUUGUUUAAAAUAACCAAUGUUCAAAACUAAAGAGAAAACAUAAAUGUCAAUGGUAGCUGGUUUCUAACUGCCUUCUGUAGAUUAGGAAUGCUGAGUGUGACCAUGUGCAAAGGCUCAUGUUGUAAGGAGCGGUGGAAAGUUCCAUCGGAGAGCUGGAGGUUGUGACGGAAAAGCAAAAUGCAGACCUGGUGUAUAAUCUGAGAAUAGAUGUUCAUCAGGUGGCGAGGGCCAGUGUUAAAUCUGAUCUGUCACGGCUCGGAUUCAACAAGAUGAAGUUCACGAAAACA